CGUUCAGUUCCGCCAAUCAAAAUCCUUUAUCUCAAUCUCCUCCUCGGGGGUUUUAUUUUUCCGUCUUAUUCUUUGUUGCUGCCCAGAAAUCAGAGGCAGGAGCUACACAUAAAGAUGAGGAAGCUUGAUUUCUGUCGGAAUCCGGAAGCUGUUUUCUCCAGGUAACAUGGUUCUCGAAUUCUCAGCGAACUUGAGUUUAAGAGAGAGAGGUAUUGGUGUCAAAUUGGGUUGUCUGAUUUCUAGGGUUUUGUUUCUGUGUCGAAAGAGUGGAAUUGGUUCGUAGACUUAGGAGUUAAGGUUUCUUUUCUGUAUCUCCUGCGUAGUUGCUAGAGACGUAGAGGGUAGGGCAGUUAGGGUUUCCCCUUUUUCGCUUUUGUUUCUGACAAGGGGUGAUUUCGAGAGAUGAAAAAGAGAUCGUAUCGAUUCCCGACCGCCGAACCGCACGAGGACUGGGUGGAUGGGUCCUGGACGGUGGAUUGUGUGUGUGGUGUGAACUUCGAUGAUGGAGAGGAGAUGGUGAAUUGUGAUGAGUGUGGGGUUUGGGUGCACACGCGGUGCUCAAGGUAUGUUAAGGGAGAAGAGCUGUUUACUUGUGACAAGUGCAAGAGCAAGAACAAUGUUAACGACAGUGAGGAGACAGAAGUAGCUCAGUUAUUGGUUGAAUUGCCCACUAAAACUUUUAGAAUGGAGAAUUCAUAUGGUCGGAGUGGACCGCUGAGGCGCCCUUUUAGGCUUUGGACAGAGAUUCCAAUGGAAGAAAGGGUCCACGUACAAGGAAUUCCUGGUGGCGAUCCAACUCUCUUUGAAGGAUUAUCAUCGAUUUUCUCACGGGAGCUUUGGAAGUGUACUGGGUAUGUCCCAAAGAAGUUUAACUUUAAGUAUAACGAUUUUCCCUGCUGGGACAAGAAGGAAAAGGAUGAAGCCGAAAAUGAAUGUGAAAUUGGGCAUCAAGCUGAAAAUGGUGCUGGAGUUCUGUUUUCUAUGUCAAAGGAAAAUGCUGUGGUUGCUCCUGCCAGUGCUUUGGUUGGCAUGAGGAGCCUAGGGAAUAAGGAAACCGAUAGCUUGAAGCUCGGUGUGAAAGACACCAAACAAUGGGACUCUGGGGUAGUUGACACAAAACAUUCUCAGAACGCCAUAAAGAAGGAGAAGAGCUUGCUUCAUCCUUUGCUUACGAAUAAACGGAGAAAAGAACUGUUGGGAGCCUCAAAAGAUCGAAAGAAGAAGGUGGUUAAACUUACAUACAAGGAGGCAGAGGAGAAGAAAUGUUUUGUGCAUAAAACAGAAUUUCAACCUACCAUUGAUUCUAAGCCAUCGGAAUCUUGGAAGGACAGAGAUCCAGAAGGUUUUGUUAGUGAUGUUGGAAGCAGAAAGAGCGAGAAGUCCAAAGAAAAUGUUCCGGAAGAUGCUAGUGACUGUGAUCUUGUGAUGAAUAAUGGUGGUGAUGAAACCAGCAAUACAGCAGUUGCUGUUGAAUGCUUCAGGGAACUGCAGCUUUCUAAUGCUCAUGAGCAUUGUGCUGGAAAACAGGAUGAUAGAGGUGGACAUCAUGUCCGCAUUGUGUUAAAGACCUCUGCAACUAACGAUCCUUCAUCCCUGGAGGGAAAAAAUGCUGUGCACAAUCAAGCUAAGGAAGAGAAACAGAGUACAAUUGCUGAUACUUCAGAAGAUAAUUCAGAAGGUUCACCACGAAGUUCUGUGAAACCUUCUGCCGGUUGUAUGGUUGGUACAGCGCCAGAGGUUGAGGGUAAAAAGUUACAUGAAGUUUGUGGUUCAAUUAGCCAUAGAAAGAACAACUUACAAAAAGAGAUGGAUACUGCUGGUGGAGCUGUAGAUCAACAAGCUCUUGGCUGCGUCGAUUCUAAGGGUGGAGGAGGAACCUCUACAUCUCAAAUCCCUGGAGGUUCUGAAUUCAACAAAAAGGAACCAAGCAGUUCACUUACUGAUGAUCGCAAUACGCAAUAUCUUGAUAGGGCAUCAGAAAGAGUAAGUUGUAACAAUGCAAACAAAGCUGAUGAAUUAUCAAUUCAUCCCUCGCAAGCUAAACGAGAAGUUGUGGGUUCAGAAGGAGCUGUGAUAGCACAGAAAGAUGAUACUUUGGAGUCCAAACCUGAAGCUUUUUUACUUCAAGAGCCAUUGAAGUCUUGCAAACCACCUGUCCCCAGCACUGCUUCAGGAAAUAGCAGGCCCAAGGUGGUGGUAUGCAUUGGAAAAUCAUCUUCUUCGGUAUCCAUGGAAAAUUCUUCUGGUUUUGACAACCCCAAGCACACAGCUUUGGAGAAUUCUAUUCCUGGCUCAAAGCAGCAAGCAAGUGAUGGACACGCUAGUGGUGAGAGAGGCCGUGCUUCCGUUGAUGUGGUCAGAGAGAGAGACAGGGAUGACUCUUCAGGGAAAUCCUUAAAAGAGCAUCCAAAAUACUCCACCUCUUCGAAAUCAGUGCAACAAGGCCGAGCCCCCCAUUCUUCAGUUUCCAAGAGGAAUGUUCCAGAUUCAACUGCUGCUUCAUCUUCUUCAAAGGUAUCUUCAGCCCAGAAGAACAGUGUUUCUGCUGAAGUUACUGGUUCGCUUCUGAACCAGUACUCUUCACAAUUGCAGAAUAAGCAGUCAUCGUCAAGGAUUUCCCAGAAAGGUGAAAAGCCUGAUCAGCCGAUUUUCCGGUCCUCAUCUAAGAAUCCUGCAACACAUUCUAUGCCUCCAAAUUCUAAAGCACCUCUGAGUGAUGAAGAGCUCGCUCUAUUGUUGCACCAAGAACUCAACAGUUCUACUAGAGUCCCUCGUGUCCCACGUAUGCGACAGUCUGGGAGCUUGCCUCAGUUAGCAUCUCCAGCUGCUACAAGUAUGUCGAUUAAGCGCACUUCUAGUUCUGGUAGCAAGGAUCAUGGAUCGUUUUCCAGAAGAAAAAACAAGGACAUGUCCAAAGAUGGUUUCCGCACUUCUCGUGAUGUUGAUGACAGAGGUAUGAAGGGUACAAAGUUGCAGUACUCACCUGAUAGCAAGGUUCGAGAUAGUGGAAACAGAGGGAGUUAUACGAAAGGGGAAGAAUACUCGACUCGUAAAAUACGUCUUCCCCCUUCCUCCACAACGAGCACGAGCAGUGGACCAUGUUCCUCCAAUGAGUUAAAUGAACAUAGUAUGCCUUCUCCACAUAGUUCCCCAAGGACUACAUCAGAAGGUGGUCCAGUUCAUCGGACUUUGCCAGGUUUAAUCAAUGAAAUCAUGAGCAAAGGCAAGAGAAUGACAUAUGAGGAACUCUGUAACGCUGUCCUGCCGCACUGGCCACACUUGAGAAAGCACAACGGGGAGCGCUAUGCUUAUUCAAGCCAUUCCCAGGCUGUUCUGGAUUGCCUGAGGAAUCGGCAUGAAUGGGCUCGGCUUGUUGAUCGCGGUCCCAAGACAAAUUCAAAUAGAAAGAAACAGAAGACUGAUGCAGAGGAGUCCGAUGAGAACAAAACGAGCGAGGGGCAGGAGACGAUAGAGGGCGGAGCAGGGAAGCGACUUCGUAACUCAAAAGGAGAAGACUUUCCAAAAGGGAAGCGGAAAGCGAGAAAAAGGAGAAGGUUGGCAUUACAGGGAAAAGACAUAAAAGAGUUGAGAAAGAAGAGAAACGAGGAGAUGAGGGAGGAAGGGGAUGAGGAGGAGGAGGAGGAGGAGGAGGAGGAGGGUGCGUUCUCAGAUUCAAGCGAAGAGAGUGUUUUCAGUGAAGAAGACGAAAGGGAGCCAGGCGGCAACACUGCUCGCGGAGAAGCUUCUUGUAGCUCUGAGGGUACUGAAACUACAUCCUGAGCUCUCUCGCUCUCUCUAGGUUCAGUCUCUCUCUCUGUCUCUCUCGGUAUUUAUCCCUUUUUUGGCUGUGUAUAUGGCAAAAGCCUCUUUUGCAAUCAGAUCAGAGUGGCUUUUGCAUUAGGAAAACAGUACCUCAGCUUACCUCACCUUUCUGUUGCUGUUUUUUUUUCCUUUUUUUGGGUAGUCAGAGGAUGUAGAACCUUUAGGGGUAGAUAUACAUAUACAUAUAUAUAUAUGUGUGUGUGUGUGUGUGUGUGUAUGAAUUUAGGAAGAUGAAGUGAUUAUGGAUAGGGACGAGUAAGUGAAAUGUGAAUGUGUUAUAUGAGGUUUAGUUUUUAAACUUCUGUAUGAUGAUGAUGAUGAUGCAGGUCUCUUGCCCCGUC